GCGAGCGGGCGAGCGAGCGGGCGAGCGGGCUGGGGCCGACGGCCCGGGUGCGGGCGGGGCAGCCGCCGGGCCCGCUGCCUGAGGAAGGGGAGCCCCUUCCGCUCUGCUCUGACUUCGGGGUGUGGCAGGGCUCGUGAAGGGCCUGCACCCGGGCCCGGGCUGCAGCGAGACCUGCGGCCACAAGUCCGCAGUCCGGCUUGUCCGAGGGGAAGGAAGAGAGGCCUCCUCCUCCGCCUCACUUCUGCUGAAGGCCUGCCCCGCCAGUUCCCUGUCACCUGCCUUGCCCUGGCUGUCCCAGCGUCAGGCUGCUUCAGAGGCUGAAGCCGGUCGGGUGCUCCAGACUGUUAAGUCUCAGUGAGGAAUCUUAAGGGCUGCCACAGUGUGAGUGAGUGCCAGACUCUCACCAUGUCAGGGAAGCGGAAGCGGGUGGUGUUGACUAUUAAAGAUAAACUCGAUAUAAUAAAGAAACUCGAAGAUGGAGGCUCUUCCAAGCAGUUGGCGGUGAUAUACGGAAUUGGCGAAACAACAGUUAGGGAUAUAAGAAAAAAUAAGGAAAAGAUUAUAACUUAUGCAAGCAGCUCUGAUUCCACAAGUCUUCUGGCUAAGAGAAAAUCUAUGAAGCCAUCCAUGUAUGAGGAACUAGACAGAGCAAUGUUAGAAUGGUUCAAUCAGCAGCGAGCGAAAGGGAAUCCCGUAUCUGGACCAAUUUGUGCCAAACGGGCAGAGUUCUUUUUCUACGCUUUGGGAAUGGAUGGUGAUUUUAACCCUUCCGCUGGGUGGUUAACCCGCUUUAAGCAGCGGCACAGCAUUAGAGAGAUUAACAUUAGAAAUGAAAGAUUAAAUGGAGAUGAGACUGCUGUGGAAGAUUUUUGUAACAACUUUAGAGAUUUUAUCGAACGGGAGAAUUUGCAGCCAGAGCAGAUCUACAAUGCAGAUGAGACUGGACUCUUUUGGAAGUGCCUACCUUCCAGGACUGCAGUAAUUAAAGGUAAAUGCACUGUCCCUGGGCAUAACUCAUUUGAAGAAAGAGUCACUGUUAUGUGCUGUACCAACGCAACAGGCUUACACAAACUUAAACUUUGUGUUGUGGGUAAAGCUAAGAAACCUCGCUCCUUCAAGUCCACUGACACCUUAAACCUGCCUGUGUCUUAUUUCAGCCAGAAAGGUGCAUGGAUGGAUCUCUCCAUUUUCCGGCAAUGGUUCGAUAAGAUUUUUGUACCUCAGGUUCGAGAGUACUUAAGAUCUAAAGGCUUACAGGAAAAAGCUGUGCUCUUGCUGGAUAAUUCCCCAACACAUCCAAAUGAAAAUGUCCUGAGGUCAGAUGAUGGCCAGAUAUUUGCAAAAUAUUUACCACCUAAUGUAGCUUCAUCGAUUCAGCCCUUGGAUCAGGGAGUCAUAGCAACCAUGAAAAGAAACUAUCGAGCAGGUCUUCUCCAGAACAAUUUGGAAGAAGGUAAUGACCUGAAGUCAUUCUGGAAGAAGCUGACUCUGUUGGAUGCACUUUAUGAGAUAGCAAUGGCAUGGAACUUAGUAAAGCCAGUUACCAUUAGCAGAGCUUGGAAACAGAUUCUUCCUGCGAUAGAGGAAAAAGGAGGUUUGGACUUUGAUGAAGAAGAUAUUUCUGGGGCUACUGUGGCCACCAUUUUACAGCAUACCAAAGGACUGGAGAAUGUGACUCUGGAAAAUAUGGAAAAGUGGCUUGAGAUUGACAGUACUGAGCCAGGUUACGAAGUAUUAACUGACAGUGAAAUCAUCAGAAGAGCCCAAGGCCAGACAGAUGAUUCCAGUGAAAACGAUGAGGAUGGAAUUGAACUGAUUCCAGAGAAACAUAUAAAUCAUACAGCUGCUCUCCAGUGGACUGAGAAUUUAUUAGAUUAUCUAGAACAACAAGGUGAUAUGAUUCUACCUGACAGACUGGUAAUACGGAAACUUAGAGCCACCAUCAGAAAUAAACAGAAAAUGACAAACUCAAGUCAAUAGCAACAUUUGAGUUUUAUCUUUUGUUAUAAUUGUAUUUGUGUGACACUUUGAAAUGUGGUUUAAUUUCUUCGUGUUCUACAUUGUCAAACGUAGUCCUAUGAAAUACAUAUAAAAAUGUAACAAGUGGUUUGAGGAUUGUGUGUCUAUCCCCAUAUUUGUUAAUAACAAACUACUUGUGUAUAGAUAUAAAUGACACAUACUCAUAUAUUUGCUUCUGUAAAUUGGUGACCUAAGAGUGGCAUUCCCUAUAUUUUCUAGCUUUAAAAGCUAGAUAUAGUGAGCACUUCCCUGAAUUCUUUUGUUGAAUUGAGGGCUUAAAUAGCAAUUUUGUCUUGUGCUAACCAACUUAAGUGGUUAUCUGGGUUUUUUUAUUUGUAUAGACUGAGAAUUAAAUGACUAGAUUUCAGGAUGCUAUAUAAUAACUAAAAAAUGAAGUUCAGUAAUGAUGGUAGAAAUAAUCUAUGAAUUAUAAAAAUAACUUAGAAUCAUAUUUGUUUUCUUACAUUUUUGUGGGUGGAAAAGAUAAUUCUGGAAAUGAAUUAUAUGUAGGAAGUAAUUAUUCAAUGAGAGAAACUAGAAAGCUGAUUUCUGAGAGGUAUUUUGAUCUGUUCAUUUGGAGGAAACUGGGUGUUGACAAUUUGGGAAACAUUAGGUUUAUUUAUACAAAGAAGAAAAGGAUUUUUUUUAUUUUGAGUUGGAUAACUAUAGAAUUAUUUAUUUACCUAAUUUUUCAUGAAUGUUUUUAAUUAUUACAUGUAAUAAUAUGAACUCUCACUACUAUUUGGGAAACAUGAAAUUUGAAAUUUAAUUUUUCUUACUGGAUAUUUAGAAAUAUCUAUAACUUGAAAAUUUUGUCAUACUUGGCUGAUUUUAUUUGAUAUGAAAAAAAUAAAGUUUUUAUUUUAGAUAAAUCAUAUGUUUGUAUUCUGUUUUUUGAAGAAAGCACAAAUAACUAGGAAGUGCUAGAGAUAAAAAUUGUUUUAACACAAAAAGGAAUUCUGUAAUUUGUUUUAAGAGUUUUUACAAUUUUUUUUAAUUCUGUUUAUCCAUGCUAUUGAAAAUAGUUUUCAUGUAUUA